AAAUGCAGCUAUCUCUUUUAUCACAUUGCUUUAAACAUGUUUCAGCUUUAGGCUUGGCUUACAAAUCAGCCCGAUCAGUCUAGUAAUUGUCUCGUUGCACCUUAUAUCUAACAUGAAUGCAUCUUGCAACAUUGGCUGGAGAAAGCAGAUUUGCUGAAGUCCUGCGAUGGCUAACACUGUGUCUAAUCAGCCUAUAAAUUAUAGUCAUAGUUGUAGUUUAUCCAUGAGCCUGGGAAAGACCAGUUUCUCAAACAGCGAGGAGCUUGGCAUAAACAGAGGCAAAGGAGAAGAGCACGCUGCCACUCUGUGGGUGUUGAUUGAAAACUUCGAUCUCCUCACCCGUUUACGGUUGAUCUGAAGGAUUUCUCACUUGAUCACCGAGAGUAUUUCAAUUAAGGUCUCCUUAGAUGGAAUGUCAUAAACCAGAAACUUCCAAAGCAUCAAUGUGUGAAUUAUUGUCACUGCGCUAAAACAGAAAGCUCAGUGGUCACAGACACUUCAACCCUGGAUCCCACCAUUCUACAUUAAGUACUGGAGUAUUUAUUACUCUUCUGUAGGAGAAAGCCUUUGCCAAUGCUUACAAGGAACUCUUUAUACCUGCUUCUCUGGAUCCUGUUUGAUGGAGGUCUCCUAACACCACUGCAGCCACAGCCACAACAAACUUUAGCCACAGACCCAAAAGACAAUGUUAUCCACCUUCUGGGGAGACGGUCCCAUUUCCAACGAGUUAAACGUGGCUGGGUAUGGAAUCAGUUUUUUGUGCUGGAAGAGUACAUGGGCUCCGAACCUCAAUAUGUGGGAAAGUUACACUCUGACCUGGACAAGGGAGAAGGCACUGUUAAAUACACGCUCUCUGGAGAUGGUGCUGGUACUGUUUUCACUAUUGAUGAAACUACAGGAGACAUUCAUGCAAUAAGAAGCCUGGAUAGAGAAGAAAAACCUUUCUACACUCUUCGUGCUCAGGCAGUGGACAUAGAAACCAGGAAGCCACUGGAGCCCGAAUCAGAGUUCAUCAUUAAAGUGCAGGAUAUUAACGAUAAUGAGCCAAAGUUUUUGGAUGGACCUUAUGUUGCUAGUGUUCCAGAAAUGUCUCCUGUGGGUGAGUAGACAAAUCAAGUUUAUAUUAGAUGCUAUUAACCACCUUCAAUAUUUUCCUGGUACAUGCUGAUGUCGAUAUCUUAUUUAUAAGAUAUCAAUAUUGUUCAUUU